AUGCGAGGCCCAAACAAAGGGAUACUGGGAGCCUUGAUCUGCGGAGUCUGCGUGGGAUUCCUGUCUGCCUACGCCUUGCUCUCGCUCUCCGCUUCCUCCGAAUGGAUUCGCCCCUAUUCCCUCUUCUACAAUAGGGCGGAGCGGGGUCCGAUCCUCACGCAUCGCGAGGUGGGUCCGGAGGCUGUCAUCGGGGACCAUUCCCAGCAUGAGCGAGCUCAUCGAGGCGAGGGGGAGUUGGCCGAGGAGAUCUCGAAGAAGGUGAGGAUCCUGUGCUGGAUCAUGACGCAGCCGGCCAACCACGAGACGAAGGCGAAGCACGUCAAGGCCACCUGGGGGAAGAGGUGCAAUGUGCUUCUCUUCAUGAGUUCCAAGGAAGAUCCGUCCUUGCCCACCGUGGCGCUGAACGUGAAGGAAGAUCGGAAUCACCUGUGGGACAAGACCCGAGAGGCGUUUCGAUACAUACAUCGGCAUCACCUGAACGACGCGGACUGGUUCCUCAAGGCGGACGACGACACCUACGUCGUCGUGGAGAAUCUCCGCUACAUGCUCCUGGAGCGCGAUCCGCAGGAGCCGGUCUACUUCGGCUGUCGGUUCAAUAAGUUCGUGAAGCAAGGGUACAUGAGCGGGGGAGCAGGGUACGUGCUGAGUCGAGAGGCGGUGGAGAGAUUCGUGGAGAAGGCCCUGCCCAAUCCCAUGUCCUGCCCCGUUUUUGAGGGCUCCGAGGAUGUCGGAAUGGGAAAGUGCCUCUAUGCGGUGGGAGUGGAAGCGGGAGACUCUCGCGACGAGCUGGGACGCUGGCGGUUCUUCCCCUUCAUCCCGGAGCAUCACCUCAUCCCGGGGUUCAUCGGCAAGGACACCUGGUUCUGGAGCUACGUCUACUACAAUUACACGGAAGGACUGGGAUGCUGCUCGGACACGGCCGUCUCCUUCCAUUACGUCGCGCCCAAUCUCAUGUACAUCCUCGAGUACCUCAUCUACCACCUGCGUCCCUACGGCAUCGUGCCCUUCUCGCAGCACGACCGGCACGAGACUCGCGGUGACACGGGCCAGGCCGAGACCCACGUCUCGAUCCCGACUGUGAUCCCAUAGCGAUUUCCUGGAUCUUUUUCCUUUAUGUCAUGUGAUAUUUUUCGAGUUUGCUUCAGGGUAUUCGGCAGAUCCUAUAUUUUUUUUUUUUUGCAACAUGGGUUUUCGUGUGAAAUUUUUUUUUUUUUGGUGCAUCUCUGUCACGCGUGAUGACGGUAUCGUUUCUAGUCCGGGAGUUUCUCGUCCGACGUACUUCGUCCUCACCAGAGUGGCAUCUGUCUCGUUUGUGAUCAUCCUUUUUUGUUUUUAAGGAAGCUCACCCCGUUAUGUGCCAUCGUGGCAGUAUCGUUUUCCUACCACUGCAUUUUUGCGACCAUCUUUUUGGAAGGUUGCAUGGCACUGUAGCUAAGGAAUAGAAACUCAUCGUUACCAUAGAGGGCAAAAAAAAAAAAAAUUAGUGAUUCGUUCGUUACCGUGUUGGCUAUUAUGAUGGCUUUGGCAUGGAGUGUCAGCAUACCAGUAUUUAAAAAAUUGGAUUUUCAUGAAAUUAGUACCAUAAUUUUCAAGGGUAUUGAUCUCAAACUAUUGGAACCAUCGAGAAGGAGCAUUAUUGCUUGCCUUCGUAACCCACAGAGGCACGUCAUUUGCUAUAGACUGCAUCAAGAAGAGCAUUUUUUUUCGAUAUUUUUUUUGUUUGUUCUGUUGGUCUUAUUCCCAUAUUUUCUGAGAUAAAUUAUCGAGUUUCCCAUUACCGGGCAUUAGUAGUCUGUGAUUUUCCCCUUUUGUUCCACCUUGCAUUGCCAGUCCGAUGGAUGAGAUUCCAAGCCAUUUCAUUGGCAUUUAGAAUCGUUUAGACAUAUCACUUUUUUUUGCCGAAAUGCAGCAGAUUUCGUUUCUGGUCAGUAGGAGUAUGUAUCUGGUUUUCUUUUGUGUCUAAAUAAAUUAUUUUUGUGUGGG